UUUUAUUCUUCUAUCUUUGUUUUGACCUUAAACUCUGCAGACUUUACUUUGUCACACACGUGAUAAGUUAAGGCUACUGAUUUCUAUAAAUACACAAAAUGUUAUUAAGGGAUAUCGCGAUUUCUUAUGAGUGUUACUAUUAAUAUAUUUUUGUAUAAUCUGAAAAAGACAUCGUCCGUCAUAAUACACAUUCAAUAAAUGGAUAUAUUCAAUAACGAAUAAAGCUUAAAAUCUCAUUCCGUAACUAGUGCCGACAUAACAGUGAUCGCGAUUAUUUUGAAUUCAUAUCAAAAAGUGUAUUAUUUAAGAAAAUAUCCCUUUUAAAAAUAAAUUUAAUACAAAAGUAUGAAAAUAAAUAAAAAAUAUAAACGGUGAAAGAUAAUAAUGUACUGCUAAGACAUAUUGUAUGACCAUAGAACGUACAGCAGGUUCUAAAUAGCAAAUAUUUAUAUAAAUUUUGCACAUAUCACGAGCAAUAAAUAAUCACAAUGUAAUUUGUAAAAUAUUUUUAAACAUCAGUGUAGUGUUGCUUUAAGUGUGCAUAAAAGGCUAGAAAUAUAACGAUAACAGCCAAACAUCUUUGCUUAAAGCUUAAGAAUUAUGUAUCGCAAUAUAGUUUUUAUUGACACCCCGCACAAUGGAGGAACAGGCGUGUUUAGUGCGCACACGCUCCGACUCUGAGAGCUCGUCAAAACUGGGCAGCUUCGGGUCCAUUUCGCACACAAUGACUUACACGGAGACGAGACUUAGCGGGACAGAAGGCGCUGGCGAGCCCGCCAACGCUACCAACAUGACGAACAUGCCACCAGAAAACCCAGAAGGAAAUGAAAGUGGCGAACUUCUUGAUUACAACGACUCAAGUGUACUGGAACAGUUCCAUGAGGAUGCACUACGGCAGGCUGGGUGUGGUUUGUCCCAAGCGCGCGUAUACCUCGCAGUGUGUUUGGCUGUGGCCGGAGCGUCCUUAGAGCUCGCGUCGAUAGCCUUCGUUCUACCUUCAGCGGAGAUUGAACUCUGCAUCUUACCUCACGAGAAGAACUGGCUCGUGCUGAUCAGCAUAAUGGGCUGGUCGCUGGGCGCGGUGGGCUGGGGCGCGCUGGCGGAGCGCGGCGGGCGGCGGCGCGCGCUGCACUCCGCGCUCGCCGUCAACGCCGUGUUCGCCGCCAUCGCCGCCUUCAUGCCCACCUACGGCACCUUCAUGAUGGCCCGGUUCUGCUCGGCGAUCGGGUCGGGCGGCAUCCUGUCGGCGGGCUGCACGUACGCGGGCGAGGUGGCGGCGCGCGGGGUGCGCACGGCGCUGCUGGCGACGCUGGCGGGCGGCAUGGCGGGCGGCGUGCUGCUGUCGGCGGGGCUGGCGCGCGCCGUGCUGCCGCCCACGGGCGAGCGCGCGCUGGCCGACAGCCGCGAGCACUUCAGCGCCUGGCACCGAUACCUGCUGCUCUGCACGAUACCAAUCCUCGCGUCGCUGAUCAGUUUGAUAUGGACGCAGGAGUCGCCCCGGUAUCUACUAGAUGUCGGACGAGAGGUCGACGCCAUGAUGGUGUAUCAGAGCAUGCACGUGAGCAACCAGUCGCGCGUGUGCGGCGCGGCGCGCGAGGCGGAGUACCGGCUGGGCGAGCUGGCGCUGCCCGCCAAGCGCCGCCCGCCCGCGCUGCACCACGUGCGCCACUCGCUCAAGAUGUUCUGGCAGGCGUUUUUCCAAAUAUUCUCGAGUACCUACCGAAACACGACGCUCUCUUUGGCUGGGAUGCUACUCUUCGCUGUUGCUAUACAAUUUUAUCUGUCGUCGUACAUACCAGCGACUGUCAUGAAAAUCGAGACGGAAGCGUACGAUGCGUCCAAACAGACGAUACAGAACGUGACGUACGAGGGCGUACAUUACAAUAAGACGUUGGAAAACAUCGACUUUAUCGACGUUUCGUUCAGGAAUUGUACGUUCCGUGACAUCCUUAUGUCUCACGUUGAAUUCAUCAACUGCUCGUUCGUGAACACGGCGCUUUCGAAUAUCAAGACUUCGUAUACCGCGUUUAGAGGAGCCGUCUUCGUUAAUAGCACCGUCAUCGACACGGACAUGGAGGUGGGCCGCGAGCUGGACGCCGAGUGCGUGCUGAACGCGAGCACCGUGCGCGGCAUGCGGGGCGCCUGCGCGCGCCGCGCCGACCUGCGCUGGGCGCAGCGCGGCCGCCUCGCCGAGCGCACGUACGCCGCGCACGCCGCGCUGCUGGCCGCCCCGCUGCUGGCGCUGCGCCGCCUGCACCGCCCGCCCGCGCACGUGAUAAUAUGUGCGUCUUGCAUAUUGCUAUCCCCUUCGCUCUACGUGGCGCAGAGUGAGACAGCGCUAUACAUAGUGGAGGCGGUGUACGGCCUACUAAUUAUGAUAAUAUUCUUCAGUGUCGCUGUUAAAGUACUUGACACUUACCCAGCUAACUUGAGGUGUACAGCCCACGGUCUGAUCCUGUCCAUCACGUACAUGACGGGCGCGGCCGUGCGGGGGAUGGGGGAGUUUGGACCGUUCGUGAGCUGCAUACUGUGCGCACUCUUCGCACUCACGGCCACUGCGUUCGCGACCCGCAUACGGUAGAGCGGGACGGAGAUAUGGUCACCUACGUGUCAGACAAGGACGGUUAUAUUAAUUGUCAAAAUUUAAAAGUGGAUAGUUGUAAUAUAACGUUCGAAAUUUCGAAAAUGAGUGAUUAAUUAAGGUAUGAAGUUUAAAAAUAUCUUUAAUAUGGAUUUACUAAACAUAUGCGGCUUAAUUUAUAAAUGUUGUUUAUUGGGCGUUUAGUUACAUAGCUUUGUCCCCUUCUGUCUAAACUAUUUGACAUUCGAUAGAAGAAGACAGCAUUGUUUAACUAAUAACCCUCUAAAGAACAUUUAUAGAAAGCCGAUAGGAAAUAAAAAAUGAUUCCUCGAAACUGACAUAUUGAUCAAUUAAAUAGCAAUAUUGUUAGCAAUACUUAUUUAAUACGACAGAGGACUAUAACUUUGCCAUUCCUACUAAACAAAGAACCAUUUCAAUUAUUGUACCUUUCCUAAAUAAUAAAUAAAACUAAUUAAAAUGAUUAUAAACUCAACCUUCUUGUACGGAAAUGUACCAAUCAGAAAUACUAUUUAAAAGUUAUUAA